GGUGGAGCCAGCAGAAUCCAGAAGAAACACCCAGGAUUCUCAAAGAGCCCAGAGCACAGCUUGUAUUCAUCAGCAUUUCCUAAGAAGUGGGAGGAGUCCUUGGUGGGGGCAUGCAGUGAAGAGAACAGCAGACCAGGAAGGCAGCAGCCCUGACCACCAGGAACCAGCUAUCACAGGCACUGGCAGCUGGCUCAGCUCUGCAGGAGAAGAGAGACAUGGCUGGUGUCUCCCCAGCUGCCCUUGGCUGCCCAGAUGUCACCCUGGGAAGGAACACUGCAGUCCAUGAAGUCCAAGAAAAUAUCACAUCAGUGGACAGUGUAACACUGGCCUCCAGCAACACUGACUUUGCCUUCAGCCUCUACAAGGAGCUGGUUUUGAAGAAUCCACAUAAAAAUGUUGUCUUCUCCCCAUUCAGCAUCUCCACUGCCUUGGCCCUCCUGUCCCUGGGAGCAAAGAGCAACACCCUGAAGGAAAUUCUAGAAGGUCUGAAGUUCAACCUCACAGAGACCCCUGAACCAGACAUCCACCAGGGCUUUAGGUACUUGCUAGACCUUCUCAGUCAGCCAGGUGACCAGGUACAGAUCAGCACAGGCAGUGCCCUGUUUAUUGAAAAGCACCUGCAGAUCCUGGCAGAGUUCAAGGAGAAGGCAAGGACUCUAUACCAGGCUGAGGCCUUCACAGCAGACUUCCUGCAUCCUCGACAGGCCAGAAAGCUCAUCAAUGACUAUGUGAGCAAACAUACCCAGGGGAAGAUCAAGGAACUGAUCUCAGACCUGGAUAAGAGGACCUUGAUGGUGCUGGUGAAUUACAUCUACUUUAAAGGCAAAUGGAAGGUGCCCUUUGACCCCCGUGACACAUUUAAUUCCAAGUUUUGCUUGGAUGAGAAGAGGUCUGUGAAGGUGCCAAUGAUGAAAAUAGAGGAACUAACUACACCCUACUUCCGGGAUGAUGAGCUGUCCUGCUCUGUGGUAGAGUUGAAGUACACAGGAAAUGUCAGUGCCCUGUUCAUCCUCCCUGACCAGGGCAAGAUGCAGCAGGUGGAAACCACCUUGCAGCCAGAGACCCUGAGGAAGUGGAAGGACUCUCUGAAGCCCAGUAGCAUAGGUGAGCUCCACCUGCCUAAGUUCUCCAUCUCCAGUGACUACAGCCUUGAGCACAUCCUUCCCAUGCUGGGCAUCAGGGAAGUCUUCUCCAUGCAGGCUGACCUGUCUGCAAUUACAGGAACCAGGGACCUGAGAGUCUCUCAGGUGGUCCACAAAGCUGUGCUGGAUGUGGGUGAGAAAGGCACAGAGGCUGCUGCCACUGGAGUCAAAGCUUAUCUACUUUGUAGAAAAAUCUAUUCUAUGACAAUAUAUUUCAACAGGCCAUUCCUGAUGAUUAUCUCUGACAUAAAUACUCACAUUGCCCUCUUCAUGGCCAAAGUUACAAAUCCCAAGUGAGACCAGAACUUCUCAAAUGGGGAAAGGACCCCUUCCCAAGAGCUGGGAAUUGAGCCUGUAUGUCUGUCUGUCUGCACGUUUUGGCUUCCAUGCUCUGCUUGACUAAGGCAUGCCUGACUGUACAGUGUCACUGACUAGCUCUGUGACUGCCUCAUGCAGAGAAGCCUGUGGCUGGUCAGUGUCAGACUCCCUGUCAUCUUGGCAGCUGUAGCUCAGGUACCUGACCUGAAAUUUGUGUUAUUCCCUAUCCCUGUUCUCUCCCGUUUAUCUGCCUCAGCCCAAAAGCCUGGGCCUGUCAGUGAGGCUCUCUCCGAACUUAGACUCUGCUUAUGUCUGCCUUCCACUUUUCAGUCAUGAUGGGACUGUGCAAGUUUACAGGCCAACCCAUAAGGACUGAGAAGGGAACCUGAUGCCCAGGGUCUAUCUGCAGCAUCUGAAAUACUUGGCUCCCAGUUCUGCCUUAGUCUUGCCUUCCUCUGGGCAGAGCUAUCCAUAGCCCCUGCAGAGUCUCCUGGCCCCACCCAGAUCUGGCACAGGUGGAGACCUCACCCCUGAAGCUACAUGAGGCCUGUGAGUCAGAGCAGCUCCUCUCCCCCAACACUCCUACUCAGGAUAGAGAAGUAGCCUUACCCUAAGUCUCUAUUUGAACAACGACACAGGACAGGUGGACACCUCCACCUUCACCACAGAAAUUGAAAGGGCAGGAGCUAAGGAUCAAUAAAUAAUCAACUGCAUUG